AUGGGAGAAUCGAUGAGAAAGCAAACAGAGAUUGAUUUGGGAGAAGCGAUGAAGAAGCAAAAGGACGUUGCUAUGUUCCUUGCGGGGAAAUUAAUCAAUACGACGAAAUCAAGAAACUCUAAUCUCGUUUUCUCUCCAGCAUCAAUCAACACGGUGGUCACCAUGGCGGCUGCUACCUCCGGGGAUAAAAGACUAAGAUCCUCCCUCCUCUCGUUACUUAGGUCUUCUUCGAUGGAUGAGCUUAACACUGUAUUCCGCGAGAUUACUUCAGUGGUUCUCGCAGACGGCAGCGCAAGUGGUGGGCCGAAAAUCGCCGUCGCUAAUGGAUUUUGGAUCGAGCAAUCACUCCCGUUUAGUCCUGCGUACAAGGAUCUCUUAGUGAAUUUCUUUAAAUCUGAUUUCCGUCAAGUUAACUUCCGAUCCAAGGCUGAACAAGUGCGUAAGGAGGUGAAUAAAUGGGUUUCAGAUCACACCAAUGGUCUCAUCAAAGAUGUUCUUACUAGUGGAUCCGUUACAAACCUGACUAACUGGAUUUAUGGAAACGCAUUGUACUUCAAAGGAGCUUGGGAAAACGAAUUCGACAAGUCUUUGACGGUGGAAACAAACUUUCACCUUCUCAAUGGUGAAUCAGUAAGCACACCAUUCAUGAGGAGCUAUGAGAGUCAAUUUAUAAAGGCUUAUGAUGGUUUCAAGGUCCUCAAGCUUCCUUAUCGACAAGGCCGUGAUGAUACCAACCGCCAGUUCUCAAUGUAUUUCUACCUCCCUGACGAGAAAGAUGGAUUGAAUAAUCUUUUGCAGAGAAUGACGUCCACUGGUGGAUUCUUGGAUAGUCACAUUCCAAAAGACAGAGAAGAAGUUGGUGCAUUCAGAAUUCCAAAGUUUAAGAUCGAAUUCGGGUUUGAAUUUCCCAAGUCAUCGUACCAAAAAGCUUUGAUCGAGAUCGAUGAAGAGGGUACUGAAGCUGCCGCUGUUACAUUUCUAGCUGCCACUUGUACCUCGAGUGCUUAUGAGCCGGAGAGGAUAGAUUUUGUGGCAGAUCAUCCAUUUAUUUUCUUGAUUAGAGAAGAUAUAACCGGAACCGUUUUGUUUGCUGGUCAAAUAUGUGAUCCUUCCAAAUCUGUUUAG